UGAACCUCAUUUCUUCAAACCUCCGCGUAUCCUCAAUGUUUCUGCUGGCUACUGUCUCACAAUGAGAUGGCGUCUAGCUCUGCAAAGCCGUCUGUCUUCUUCCCAAAAGCAGAUGCCGCGAUUCUAUCCUGCAGGCUUGCGCCUGCGCCAGAGUAUCCGGAAAUCGUAGGGCCCAUCUACGACAGUGAAAAUGUCCACACGCCAGUCCUGCCGUGGUCAGCGGCCACAGAAAAGCAAAAUUACCCUCCUCCAAAGGAACCUUAUGGCCCAGCGAGUGCUCCUGACAGGCACUUUUGUGUCUCCGAUCGGUAUUUACGUGCUUCAUUAGCGAAGAAUGAGAGACUUCGACUGUCCAUGUUGUGGUAUUACACGCGGGACAUUUUCAAGGAGACGGAAUUUCUUUCUGGUCUGCAAGAGAAGGUCUGCAUUGCCCAGGAGUCGUCUGGAUGGGAGUUUGCCAUCAUCGGUAUUCUCGACAUGAACUUUUACGUCCGGCUCGCUACAGUCGGUGUCCCUCUCGGGAUCUUGCCUCGAGGCGAAACCAUCUGCGCACAUGCAGUUUCUCAGCCUCCUGGUAGCGUAUUUUUACUGCCGAGUUUGCUGGAGGACUGGAGAUUCGAAGAGUCGCCCUAUGUAGAGUCUGGUGGUCUUCGCGCAUACGCUGGUGCACCACUCCGACUUCAGAACGAAAACGGAGACACCGUGUGCCUUGGCUCCAUCUGUGUAGCCUCUCCAGAGCGCCAAGAACCCUUGACGAGAGCCCAGCAGACCACUCUAGCUCGGUUGGCCGAUUGGGUGGUCUCCGACAUCGUUCAACUGACAAGGGCACGGCGCCAGCGAGAAAGACGUCGCAUGGUUGAACUGUUAGCCAUGGCGCAAAAGCAGUCUGAUGAUGGAUCUGACGAGCCUGUCCUUCAAAUACUACUAGCUACGUAUCCAAAUGCGGUAGUCAGUUUACAGUCUGCAAAAUCUGGCCACAUUGAGGUUGAGGGUCGGGGGCCUGUACCGAUCUCUGACUUAAUGGAGGGGCUGUGGGAGGACUUUAGUUUCAUUGACGACUUCGUUGCGACGACCAACCAUCUGGAGCCUCCUGUGGAUAGGGUGGUCCGUGUCAUUGCCGCACAAUGUGAGAGCGUGGAGGGACCAUCUCUCCUCUCCGUGGCCUCAAAGGACUUCCGACUGGUAUUCGACGACAUCGACGCAUGGUUCGUUCAGACGUGCGCUGGCAUCAUCUCCGAGAGGUGGCACAAGCGCGUUCUGAACGAGGUGAUGCUUGCGAAGGAGAAAUUCUUGCGAGGUUUCUCCCAUCAACUCCGGACCCCACUCCAUGGUAUCUUAGGUUCUGUAGAGCUGCUAGCGGAAGAGUUGAAGUCGCGGGGUACGGAGAACAGUACGUCGCAAGCCACAGCAUUGCUCGAAGCGACUGAGGCGGUCAGAUCGGGCGGUGAACACAGUGUCUACCUUGACGCGAUCAAGACAGCCGGACGAGAUCUGAUUGCGGUCGUCAACAGCAUGAUCACGCUCAACAGAUGGGCCGAUGUUGCCAUCACAGAACGACAGUAUGCAACGUAUACUCUCCAUGAUGUCGAGACAGAGCUGGCGAAUGAAACAAUGAAGGCAAUAUCUGGCGAUGUACGCUACAAUGCCUCUGUUUUCUUCAACCACGACAUCCCCCCAGAUCACUGCAGUAUCCGGACAGACCUCAGCCUGUUGCGAGACAGCGUGCUUCCUCUGAUCAUCAAUGCAAUCCAGAGCACGGCAGAAGGUGUCGUUGUGGUCACCAUAUCAGCUCGUCCACAUAUCAAGGAACUUGUCGUUGACGUUAAGGACACGGGCCGGGGAAUCCACGUCGAUCAUCACAAGCGAAUCUUUGAGCUCUAUGAGCAGGUCGAUGCAUAUUCAACUGGUGCUGGAUUGGGCUUGACACUUGCAUCCAAAUUUGCAGCUCUCCUCAGGGGCACAGUGACUCUGGUAUCGUCCGAGGUCGAUAGUGGUUCACACUUCAGGGCCACGUUCCAGGGUGUGGAACUCACAUCCUCAGAUUCUUCGCUUUUGGCCGAGCCCUUGGUCCCAAAACCAGCCAAUCUACCUGAACUUUUCCAUGUCAUUCCUUCCAAAACGCAAAGAUUGUCCCUAAGCGACCACUUUGCAAAGUUCCUUACCUGCCACGGUAUGCGCGCUUCAGACGAUAUCAAAAACUCCCUCAUUGUCUUUGACUUUGUUGCCGAUUCAGAGGAGCAUCAAGCGACAAUAUCGCGUAUCCCAUCAGAUCAAGCCGCCAUCUGCCUUGUCCCCUUCCUAGAAAGGGAUGCUCAAUUGGACGAGUCCUACAAGAACAUUGUUUAUGUCCACGAACCUUUCCUUACUCGUACAAUGAGCUCAGCUCUCAGACGCGCAGACGAGCUUCUCCCCUCGAUCCAGGCUGAUAAAGAAGAUUCUACUUCUCCCUCAUUAGAACCGACCAUAACAGUGGCCGAUGCAAACGAAGCCGUUGGAGAAACUCCGAGCACGGGCCAGGUCUCAGACAUAGACAAGUCAGCCAUACCCGAAGCCACAUCAGUAAAGAUAGAACUGCUACUGCGGCCCGCACAAGAAGGCGUAACGACCAUCAGCAGAGAUGAUCUCGUGCCCGCAACGAUCUCACCCAAGCCGGUGAUCCCAACAAAAAUCCCCAUCUCCAUCCCCAACUCUCCAAGACUCCCAACCAAACCCUUCCCAACAACCCUCCUCGUCGACGACAACGCCAUCAACCUCCGCGUGAUGCAAAUGUACUGCACGAAGCGCAACAUGCCGUACAUCUGCGCCAAGGACGGCCUCGAAGCCAUCACGCUCUUCCGUGCCCACCAAACCGUCUCCUACACCACCACCGCCCCUCCCAUCAGCCUCGUCCUCAUGGACCUCCAGAUGCCCGUCUGCGACGGCAUCGAAGCCACACGGCAGAUCCGCGCCCUCGAGAGCUCGCAGGGCUGGGACCCGUCCGUGCUGUUCAUCGUGACAGGGCAGGACAGUCCCGCGGACCGCAAGGCCGCGUCCGCAGCAGGCGCGCACGAAUAUUACGUUAAACCCAUCAGCAUGAAGAUUCUGGACGCGGGGCUCAAGUCGUACUUCUCAUAGCGUGCGUAGCGAAGCAAAGCGAAGCAAAGCGAAGCAAAUCAAAGCAAAGCGAUGCAUUUAAUUCCUCCUCCCCCUCUUCUUCUCGUUGGUCUAUUACUCUCUUUUUCUUUUGGCAUAAGGGGAGGCGGGGGAUCGAUAUAAAAAGCAACGGAAUGAUCUCCUCACCCUCGCUCAUUUAGAUGAACAAAUACCUUCGCUCUUUUUUUUUCUUCUUUUUGUGGGGGGGAGUCGGAAUAAAGAGUCUUGAGACAUAGAUGUAGAUACACGCAAUUCAUCAUGUCAACCACA